UACUACGUAUGACGCAUGCGACGAGCCGCACGUUUGCGCUUCCUGGACUGGAGGGAACAUAAAGCAACAAUGGGUCACACGAGUUUGGAGAAGAUAAUUGCACUGCAAAAGAAAACGGCACACAUUAGGAAUCUGUGUAUUCUUGCUCAUGUAGAUCAUGGGAAGACGACGUUAGCAGACUGUCUGGUGGCCAGUAAUGGUAUUAUAUCCAGUCGUUUAGCAGGAAAGCUGAGAUAUCUGGACAGCAGGGAGGAUGAGCAGAUCAGAGGAAUCACCAUGAAGUCCAGCGCUAUUUCAUUACAUUUCGCAACAGGAGGAGUGGAGUUCCUCAUUAAUCUGAUCGACUCUCCCGGUCAUGUGGACUUCUCCUCUGAGGUGUCCACCGCUGUCAGAUUAUGUGACGGGGCCAUUGUUGUGGUCGAUGCUGUGGAGGGAGUGUGUCCGCAGACGCAAGUUGUUUUACGACAAGCUUGGUUGGAGAAUAUCCGCCCUGUUCUUGUCAUCAACAAAAUCGACCGGCUGAUUGCGGAGCUAAAGCUCACUUCACAGGAGGCGUACGUUCACCUGCAGAAAAUACUAGAACAGGUGAAUGCAGUUACAGGCACAUUGUUCACCUCUAAAGUUCUGGAGGAGCGAGCAGAGAAAGACGCGGGAUCUCAGAGCAGCUUCACAGAGAAUGAGAGUGGAGAUCAUGUGUAUGACUGGAGCGCUGGUUUAGAGGAGACUGACGACUCUGAUCUUUACUUCAGUCCUGACCGUGGGAAUGUGGUGUUUGCCAGCGCUAUCGACGGUUGGGGCUUCAGCAUCCAUCAGUUUGCAGAGAUGUAUAGUCAGAAGAUGGGCAUUCGCUCCUCAGUUCUGCUCAAGACACUAUGGGGAGAUUUCUACCUCAACGCCAAAGCCAAAAAAAUCAUGAAAGGAGCUCAGUCCAAAGGAAAGAAGCCUCUGUUUGUGCAGUUUAUUCUGGAUAAUAUCUGGAGUAUGUAUGACGCUGUGGUCACUAGAAGGGACAAAGAGAAGGUGGAGAAGAUGAUGACGUCUCUGGGCUUGAAGGUCAUGUCUAGAGAUCUCAGACACUCGGAUCCCAAAGUGCUCCUCAGUGCCAUCUGUAGCCAGUGGCUGCCUUUGUCUCAAGCUGUGCUCUCGAUGGUGUGUGAAAAGCUGCCCAGCCCAGCUGAGAUCUCGGCUGAGCGAGUGGAAAAGCUGAUGAGCGUGGGAGCGCGCAGGUUCGACUCUCUGCCCGACAAGACGCAGGAGCUAAAAAAAGCAUUUCUAGAUUGUUCUGCUGAUGAGACGGCGCCUGUAAUCGUCUUUGUGUCAAAGAUGUUUGCCGUGGACUCCAAAGCUCUGCCCCAGAACAAACAGAGACCGCUGACUCAUGAGGAAAUCUCCCAGAGAAGAGAACUGGCCCGACAGCGGCACGCAGAGAAACAAGCAGCCAAUCAGAGUGCAGAGAGCCUCGCGUCUGGUGAUGCAGGAGGAGAUUCAAUCCCAGCCCCAGCCGCAGCAGGUGUCACAGAUGCUCUGUGUGCGCAGACCGAGGCUCUUUCUGUCAAAACUACAGUUGAGGAGGAAAACAAAGAGCAUUUUGUGGCGUUUGCCCGAGUUUACAGCGGCGUGGUCCGAAAAGGCCAGAAAGUGUUUGUGCUCGGACCAAAAUACGACCCAUCGCUGGCGCUCAGAGCCUUGCCUGAGGGUUGUUCAGUAUCUGAUGUUUUACCCAGCAUCCCGCACAUGUCCUACUGUACGGUGGACAGUCUCUACCUGCUGAUGGGUCGUGAGCUGGAGGAGCUGGAUGAAGUUCCCUCGGGAAAUGUGCUCGGUAUCGGUGGCCUAGAGGACGUCAUCCUGAAAUCAGCCACCAUCUCCACAUCUCCAGCAUGUCCACCUUUCACACCGCUUAACUUUGAGGCCACCCCCAUCGUCAGAGUCGCAGUCGAGCCCAAACAUCCAAGUGAGAUGCCGAAGCUGGUGCGAGGUAUGAAGCUGUUGAACCAGGCUGACCCGUGUGCUGAAGUGUUGAUUCAGGAGACAGGAGAGCAUGUUCUGGUCACUGCAGGGGAAGUACAUCUACAACGCUGCCUGGAUGACCUGAGAGAGAGGUUUGCCAAAAUUGAGAUCAGUUCUUCCAAACCGAUCAUUCCUUUCCGCGAGACUGUGGUCCGACCACCCCGAGUGGACAUGGUGAACGAGGAUUUAGGGAAGCAGCAGAAGGUGGCUGUGAUUCACCAGGUGAAAGAGGAACAGUCGAAGAAUCCAGAAUGUGUUCAGGUGGACUCCAGCGGCCUGGUCUCACUCACAACCCCAAACAAGAUGGCCACGGUCGGCGUACGGGCCAUUCCUCUGCCUGAACAGGUCACCUGCCUGCUGGAGGACAAUGUGGAGCUCAUCCGCACCAUGGAGCAGUUCAACCUGUCCGUCCGUGAGGGCAAGACUCUGGACAUCAGCCAGAAGAUCUUGGACAACAUACAGGACUUCAAGGUGAAGUUGGAGAGCCACCUGCAGGGCCACAAAUGGAGAAAUGCAGUGGAUCAUAUCUGGGCGUUUGGUCCUCGCCGCUGUGGCCCAAAUAUCCUCCUCAACAGCAUCGAGGGCUACAGAAGACCCUCUGUAUGGCAGUGUCUGGAAACCGAGAAAACUGAGUCCAGCGCGCUUCGAGACUUCGACAACAGCAUUGCCAGUGGCUUCCAGUUAGCGACACUCGCCGGCCCCAUGUGUGAAGAGCCUUUGAUGGGUGUGUGCUUCUCUGUGGAGUCCUGGGACAUGAAGAUUUCCACACCUGUAGCUCAGCAAGACUCCGUAGAUGAAGGUUCCCAGCCUGCAGAGCUUAAUAAUGAGCAUUCGGAAGUCUCUCCUGUGAGCUCUAGCCGAAGCCGGAGCAAAGCAGAGGCUGCUGGGAGUUCGGUUGACUGUUACGGGCCAUUUUCAGGUCAGCUGAUCGCCGCUGUGAAGGAGGCCUGCAGAUACGCUUUCCAAGCCAAACCUCAGCGACUCAUGGCUGCGAUGUACACCUGCGAGAUCAUGGCCACGGCUGAGGUCCUGGGUCGUGUGUAUGCCGUUCUGUCUAAGCGUGAAGGACGAGUGCUGCAGGAGGAGAUGAAGGAAGGAACCGACAUGUUCAUCAUUAAAGCUGUUCUUCCAGUGGCCGAGAGCUUCGGGUUCGCUGAUGAGAUCAGAAAGAGGACCAGCGGAUUGGCCAGUCCACAACUCAUCUUUAGCCACUGGGAGGUUAUCGGCAGUGAUCCGUUCUGGGUUCCCACUACUGAAGAAGAGUACCUGCACUUCGGAGAAAAAGCAGACUCGACCAAUCAGGCUCUGAAAUACAUGAACGCCGUCCGCAAACGCAAAGGCCUCUACGUUGAGGAGAAGAUCGUUGAACACGCUGAAAAACAGCGAACGCUCGGCAAGAACAAAUAAAGCUGAUUCUCAUUCACCAAACACUAUCAGAAAUGCUAAUUUUAUGUGGAUUACAGCAUUCAGUUCAACCUAAGAAUUGUUUGCAUGAUUGGUUAAUUUAUUUAAAGGCACAGUUCACCCUAAACUUGGUAUGCUUUUUGUUUUUUUCUUGCUGAAGAAGAAAGUAGAGUUUCUGAAGUUAUGGUUCUUGGUGAUUCAUAAAAUGUAAUUCAGUGGCUACUGGUACUUUAGGAUUCAAAAACACACACAGAAGCAACACUAAUACUUACACUGACGUGUAAAGUUCAUAAGACAUUUACUAGUCAUCAGGAGCCACACACUGCAAGGCGAUGUUUUCUUUGAGGUUUCCUUGCCUUGUUUCUAGUCUAAAUAUUUAAAAUGUUCCUAAAUCAAGUUGUAAAAAAGCAUGUCUUGUUUUCAGAAAUCACAAGUUAACAUUAAGUGACUUUUUCCUUUAAAACUAGCUAAACUGUCUGUCAGAAGGUAAAUAAAAUAGACUUUUAAAAUUAAUUUGCUUACAUCAUUGACAGAUUAUUUAGCUCAUCUUGAGGAAUUUUUUUUUUUUUUUUUUUUUUUUUUACUUGCCAAGAAAGAGCUUCUUGAUUUAUGAAUGGUUGGAUAUUUGGACUAGAAACAAGACAAAACCUAAUUAAUAAGAAAUGAAUUUUUGCAGUUUGUGGCUCUUGAUGAGGUUUUAUGAAUGCUCAGUCUGUACACGAAAAUUAAUAUCAUUUACAUUUACAACCUUAUCCACAGCCUAAAAAAAUGUAUUUAGUUGGAUAUACAUGCUUUUUUUUUUUUUUUUUUAAACGAACUUGCAUUCUAUGAUUCACAAAAGAUCACAGUUUCAGUUUAAAACCUGUACAAUGUUGUAUUCACGCAAAGAAAAAUAACUGCAUCUUGUUGAAUAAUUGAAGAGCACAGUUUCAAGAUGUUAUGUUUACUCAUGUUUCAUGAAAGACUUUUAUUGAGAAUUGAAGAGUUUAGAUGCAAAAUCCUCUGUGCUGUCUAAAAUGUUCUUCAAAAAUGUCUCAUAAAAUCAAAGAAUGACGUUUGCUGUUUGUUCAAACCUUUUUUUUUUCUUUUUU